UCGCGAUAUUCUGGAAAUGCUCUCCAGCAGCAGAUGCUUCCAGUGAGUGGAAGGAGAGAGGGGGGUGAGAAACCUAACAAAACCGCGACCAAGACAACCUUCUACAGUGGAAACGGCAAUUUUAUUCGAAAACCCCACGAUUGUUACAUUAUUUAUAUACACACAACGUGACUGGUUUGAAAAACAUCGUAAUUUAACCCAAGGUAUCUGUGCCAAGUGUAUUAGAGACCCAUAUCUAAUUAAACUAGCAAUGGCGUUGAAAAGAAUUCAAAAGGAACUGACAGAUUUGCAGAGGGAUCCACCUGCACAGUGCUCAGCGGGACCAGUUGGAGAUGAUUUGUUUCACUGGCAGGCAACAAUAAUGGGUCCGAAUGACAGUCCUUAUCAGGGAGGAGUGUUCUUCUUGACUAUUCACUUCCCUACAGAUUACCCCUUCAAACCACCAAAGGUUGCGUUCACGACAAAGAUCUACCACCCUAAUAUCAACAGCAAUGGAAGUAUUUGUCUGGAUAUAUUGAGAUCGCAAUGGUCACCUGCACUCACUGUAUCAAAAGUUCUCUUGUCAAUCUGCUCUCUGCUUUGCGAUCCGAACCCAGAUGACCCGCUUGUACCAGAGAUUGCACACACCUACAAAGCUGACAGGGAAAAGUACAACAGACUAGCAAGAGAAUGGACACAGAAGUAUGCAAUGUGAAAAUGCCUGUUAAAUUAAAACACUAAAAGAAGAAAAUAAACAUGUUUAAUAUUAACCCAAGGCAAACGAACAAGAGGGGAAACAUAACUAGACACUCGGGUUGGAGAAGGAAGCGAUAAAAUAAGGGACAGUGCAACCUGGCUGCUAAGUGCUGAGCUGCUGCCAUGUGCUGUUCUUCAUGACUUGUAUGGAUCUGCUGAGGAACUCCUGAAAGCACUCCCUUAUGGAAUACUGGAACCUCCUCAUGGUCCAGACCACCACACCCAGACUUUAACUAUUACUACUUCAGUUGUGACUAUUAUUAUUAUCAGUGUUACUAUUCAUACUCUUAUUAUUAUGAUCACUGUUGUUAUUAUCACAAUGAUUGUGUUAUUCUACUGAAUGCUGGAACAUUGGGUUUGAAUUUGGAGGGGACUAGUUAGUGGCUUGGUUUUCCCUCUUUUCAAAGGUACUUUCUUUGUCCCUCUGGAUGUCUUGUGUUCAUGUAUUCAGUGGCCUUGCUGUAUUAUUGUAAUAACCUCUUCUCAGAUGUUAGCUGUGAAAUUGAGGUGGAGUGCUCAGCACAAUGGUGCAUGGCUAUAUCCAGCAGCGUGGUUCUAUUGCCCACAAAGUCUUGAAAGACGGUCUCGGGUUGGUCUCAAACCCAGACAUAGUGUAAGACAAGUCAUUUUUCUUCCCCCUGAGCCAAUUUUGUUUUCACUCAAUGCAUUUGGAAAUGUCCCAAAUGCAGUGACAGGUGGUCUUUGAAGAGCUUGGAGAGAGGUGCUAUCAAGGUGAGCUGGACUGGUAUCUGUGCUCAUGGGCAAGCGACCAGGGAAAAAGUUCUGACACUGCCACUACUUUUCUCACUUGUCAUCUAUGUCCCCUUUUCUUGUCCUAGAUCCAUCCAGGGCUAGCAUCUUGCCAUAUAACAUCCAACUGUAAAGACACUUAAUCUCAGAGAUUAUCUUUACCAGGGUUGAACUCCUCCCAGCCAUACAAUGCCACUUUCUAAAUACUGUAGCUCAGGUAUAUAUCCAACUCACCUGUCUGUGAAAGGGCACUGUAGUGACCUGUGGUGUGAGAAAUGAUCAGACCUGUUUUGCACACUGAGUUACUGCUUUAAUCCAGAAGUUGUGUUUUGGGACGUCGGACAUGGGUCAUUCAUUAGCUUUCCCCUUCUCAAUUUAUCACAUUGUUUUACUGUACAACACUAUGAUGUGAAUGUUUUCAAACAGGUUUUGUUAAUGCUUGGAGACACUGCACAUGCUAAUGCUGUGGAUAUGCCAUUGGUUAAAACUGGAGUAUUUAAAAAAAGAAAAAGAGAGAAAAAAAUGAUUCCUCCAUUAGGUGGGAGCUUAAAGACUUCCUUUAAUGACAAACUGUUGCAGAUUUAUGAAUAAACAUUUAGUUUUGUUUUUAGUUUGACUAAAUUCAGAUGUUUUUGUCAUCAUGGUUUAUUGUGAAGUUUCACAAGGUGUUUCACAAAUGUUUCCCGUGCCUUUUACAUUGUAACAUACGCUGUAAUAUGAGCUCUAACCUGGAUCUUGGCAGCUGCAUAUUUGUUUUAGCAGAUGUCUUGAGAUUUUGUUCUCGUCAUUGGAACUUUACUUUCGCUUUAUUUUUCUAGAGGGUCUGCAACAGUGUACAUGUGCAAUGCAUUAGUAACCUAGUAUUCUGUAAGCUUGAUUGUAGUUAUACCAUUAGUGAUUAAUCUGCCAUUAGUAAUAUCAAAUUUAACAAGAUAAUCCUGUGCAGGUGCUGGAUUAUUUAGACUGCAUCUGUCUUGAGCCAUAGAUUAUUUUUAACCAAAGUAUAACUGUCUGAUGUUGCCGUGGAAAGGGAAUAAAAAGUAUUGGAGGGAGUAUAAGA